CUCUCUUAUCACCCCCAAUGGCCGUCGACGCCCCCAAACCGCCCACUCUGCGCAGGUCAUGCCAAGCCUGUGCUCGUGGCAAACGUCGCUGUGACCAACGGUUGCCACGCUGUAGCCGGUGCUUGACGCGGAGAAUUGACUGCGAGUAUGUCAACAUGCCCUUGAUGGUCACCUCUAGCUCCGACUCGGGUGUCUCCAAGGCCGGUCAGACUUUCCAGCCGACUCGCAAGGCCCCAUCCACUCGUCCACCAUCCAUCCGUCCUGCUCUCCCAUUAGAAAUUGCCAAAGGCUACCCCCCAACCAUCAUCGCCUUCCUGGUGACAGGCAUGCAGUCCUACCCCUGUGCGUUUGCACAGAACCUGAAAACGCACUUCAUCCACCCGGACCUCUGGCCGAGCCGUUCCACCCCCCCUUCCCCGAUCCGAGAGAUUCACACUCUCUGUAAGCUGCACGCUCAACCCACCAGAACCAGCAGCACUCUCCUCCCCCUUCUCAGGCAGAAAUCCUCCUCUUUCCUCCGCCAGAUCAACCACUCCAUCUCCUUCGAGGAGAUGCUCGCCAUCGCCCAGGCCCUGCUCCUGGCCCAAUGCAUGCUCAUCCUCGCAGAGGACCCGUCCGCCCCCUCCUACUCCGAAGCCAUCAGCACCAUGCUCUUCAACCUCGGCCAAAAGCUGUGGCAACAAGCUCCCACACAGUUACCCAGGAGUCUGAGUCCACGGAAAGCCUGGUUGUUUGCUGAGAGCGUAAGACGGACCAUCAUCGUCGGGUUCAUUCUACGCAGCGUGUACUCCCUCAAGAAGAGGAACUACUCGGUCCGCACCCCGUUCGUGGAUUCUCUGCCGUUUGAUGUGCGGACGGCGCUGUGGGACGAGGAUGGGGAUACUGAUGGUUGGAGUGUUGGUGGCGCUGAGCCUCUGGACUCCAUGGUCUCGUUGCAUCAGUACUCCAGUAUGAUGGAGCGGGGGAUGGUGCAUGGCAUCUCCGAUUUCGGUGGCCUGAUCCUCGCCGCUUGUAAGGGUAGAGCUAUAGAUGGCGUGCCAUACCCCCCGGCAAAUGGCUAUAGGUACUAG